GUAUGCCGUUUGGAUGUUUGAUUUCACAGAUUUGUGUUAGAUUGCUUAGCCAUUAACUGCUUAAGACAAGUGAAUGUUUGCCUACCGCUAGGAUCUCCUUGUGCCAAAAUGCUAAAAAAAAAUAUGACUGUACAAGAAUGGUUGAACUAAGUGUUUAACAGGUUUUUUCGACUGGUCCAAUACGUUGACACUUCAGCUGCUAUUUCAUUGUAUGCCAUCAGAUGGGAUAUCUCAUACAAAGGACAAAAGUCGUGUAAUCGGAGUAUAGAAGGAAAAGAAGAACGUCGCCGCGGACGAAAUUAACGAGCACCCCUUAAAGGCUGGCUGACAAGACGGCCAAAUUCUGGAAUGUGAACCUGCCAUUUUCAUCGCCUUGCUCGUGAAUCAUCGUUUUUGUCUGAAAUUGCGACCCAGUUCAGGUUGCGUUUGAAAGGGGUUGUAAAUUCUGAAGGAAGUGCAGCUACUUUCCCAUUUGACACAGCCUGUAGCGUUACUGUGUGUGCCAUGCGUCUCUCCUCCUUCCUUGCGCUGUUCCGGCCUGCCCUGCCUCUCAUCCUUGGGCUCUCUCUGGGGUGCAGCCUGAGUCUGCUGAUGGUGUCGUGGACUCAGGGAGAUGCGGAGGAGUCCUGCGGGGAUGAGUUUGUGAACAGGGGGCUGUUCCCCGGGAGUCUUAGAGGGGACUCCCAAGGUGGCCCUGGGGGUGAUGGCAAUGAGGACUUCCAGCCCCGCAUUGUUCCCUACCACAAGGACCCCAACAAACCGCACAAGAAAGUCCUCAGGACGCGCUACAUUCACACGGAGCUGGGCAUGCGAGAGCGUCUCCUGGUGGGCGUGCUGACGUCGCGGGCCACCCUCAACACGCUGGCGGUGGCGGUGAACCGCACGGUGGCGCACCACUUCCACCGCACCUUCUUCUUCACGGGCCUGCGGAGCCCUAAGCUGCCGCACGGCAUGGCGGUGGUCGCCCACGGGGACGACCGGCCCGUCUGGCUCAUGUACGAGACGGUGCGCCACCUGCACCAGCACUACGGCGCCGACUACGACUGGUUCUACCUGGCGCAGGACGACACGUACACGCAGGCGGAGCGGCUGGCCGAGCUGGUGGGUCACCUGAGCGCCGGGCAGGACCUCUACAUGGGCCGGGCCGAGGAGUUCAUCGGCGGCGAGGAGCGCGCCCGCUACUGCCACGGCGGCUACGGCUACCUGCUCUCCCGCAGCCUGCUGGCCCGCCUGCAGCCCCACCUGGACGUCUGCCGCAACGACAUCCUGAGCGUCAGGCCUGACGAGUGGCUCGGCCGCUGCAUCAUCGACUACCUGGGUCUGAGCUGCGUGGAGAUGCACCAGGAGAUGACGUACCGCUACUUUGAGCUGGAGAAGAACGCGGACCCGGAGCGCGAGGACAGCACUCAGUUCAAGAACGCCUUCACGGUCCACCCAGUCUCCGAGCCCGACCUCAUGUACCGCCUGCACAAGCGCUUCAGCCAGAUCGAGCUGGACCGCACCUACCAGCAAAUCCAGCAGUUGCAGGUCCAGAUCAAUAACCUGAGCGAGCUGACCCCGGAGGGGAAGGAGGGCGCCACCUGGCCCAUCGGCAUCAACCCGCCCUUCCGGCCCAAGACGCGCUUCGAGGUCAUCAACUGGGACUACUUCACGGAGGAGCACAUCUACUCGUGCGCCGACGGCUCGCCCAAGUGCGAGCUGCGCGGGGCGGACCGGGCGGACGUGAGCGCCGUGCUGGAGACCGCCGUGGAGCGGCUCAACGAGCGCUACCAGCCGCAGCUGCGCUUCCGCAAGCGCCGCCUCCUCAACGGCUACCGCCGCUUCGACCCCACCCGCGGCAUGGAGUACACGCUGGACCUGGCGCUGGAGGCCGUCACGCAGAAGGGCCACAGCCAGGUCAUCGCCAAGCGCGUGGGCCUGCUGCGGCCGCUCAGUUCAAUCGAGAUCAUCCCCAUGCCGUACGUGACGGAGGCCACGCGGGUGCAGGUCAUCCUGCCGGUGACGGCGCGCGAGCAGGACUACGUGGGCAACUUCCUGGACAUGUACGCCAUGAAUGCGUUGGACACGCACGACAACGCGCUGCUCACCUUCCUGUUCGUCUACGACCCCUUCGACGCGCAGCGGGUGAGCGAGGCCGACGUCUUCGCCGGCGCCAAGGCCAUGAUCGGCGAGGUGGAGAAGCGCUACGGCGACGUGAAGAUCCCCUGGAUCAGCGUAAAGACGGAGGUGCCCUCGCAGGUCAAGCUGAUGGACAUCAUCUCCAAGAAGCACCCGGUGGACACGCUCUUCUUCCUGGCCAGCGUGUGGACGGAGGUCAACGGUGACUUCCUCAACCGCUGCCGCAUGAACGCCAUCAGCAACUGGCAGGUCUUCUUCCCCAUCCACUUCCAGGAGUACAGCCCCGCCAUCGUGUACCGCGACCAGCAGCCCUCGGCCGCUGCCUCGUCCUUCUCCUCCGAGGGCCUCCGCGACGGCCGCUUCGACCGCCACGUCUUCGACGAGGCCUGCUUCUACAACGCCGACUACAUGGGCGCCCGCACCAAGAUGGCGGCCGACAUCCUGGACAACGACGAGCUGCUGGAGAGCAUGGACGUCUACGAGAUCUUCGUGCGAUACUCCGGCCUGCACGUCUUCCGCGCCGUGGAGCCGGCGCUGGUACAGAAGUACGUGCAGCGGGCCUGCAACCCGCGCUUCAGCGAGGACAUCUACCAUCGCUGCGUCCUCAGCAACCUGGAGGGCCUGGCCUCCCGCUCGCACCUGGCCAUGGCCUUGUUUGAGCAGGAGCAGGCCAACAGCACCUAAAACCUCCCUCCGCUCUGGCGCGGUUUAGCAAAGUCGCGGAUACGCGCGAGCGCUUUCUCUGGAGGCCCCGCUGCUCAAACUCGCCGCACGGGGAGAGACUGGAGAGGCCUUAAGGGUGGGAACCACCAUCCUGUGAACUGUUAAGACUUGAAAAGACGUAGGUGAUCCAGGCGUUAAGCUUGUGUCACUCGGAGAAAGUUGCACCGUGGAGAACCGGUCGACCUCAAACACUCCAGCCUUUUUUUCCUCUGUUACCUUCAGUCAUUAAAACAAACAUUCCUGUGAGACAUGGAAAGAGUGGGAAAGUAAGCUUUUUUGUGACAUUUUUUUCAAUUCAGUGCUCCUGAAUGGGGUUUUUUUUUUGAAUGGCAUUAAUAAAAAAUGUGUGGAAGUGGAAUUCUUUUCCUUGUGACAGAAGGUCUUCUGUCCUUAGGUGGUUGCAUGAGCCGGUGCCUGUUGUGGGCAGCAGUGUGCCUGUAAGAGAAAACACAGCGUAAUGACGGUUUGGACAAAUGACUGCACAGCUCUUCCAUGCAGUGGAAUCAGAGUCUGCAGCCCUUUACUGUGUGUGGGGGCCGAGGGUUUCUUAUCGCGGGGCUUCACUGUGUCUUGCUUGAACUGCACUCCUGGCUGUUUGAAUAUAUUGUGGUACAUGUGUGUAUCAUUGUGAUCUACCCCUAGGGCAUUGUCUUCAGCCAAAAAGAUGAGUAUGGUAUGUACAAUGUGUGCCUCUUCUUCACAUUAAAAACCUUACCA